CUGUUACAGGAAGCAACUGCAAAGGAGGUUCAAGUCACGUGAUCGUAACAUAGUGUGCUGAAGACAUGGCGGACAAAGAGGAUACUGAGAAGACCAUCGCCGAAGACUUGGUUGUCACCAAGUAUAAAAUGGCCGGCGAGAUCGUAAAUCGAGUAUUAAGGCAAGUUUUAGAUAAAUGUGUUAUUGGAGCAUCUGUAAGAGACAUUUGUGAGUAUGGAGACAAAUUGUUACUAGAAGAAACCAGUAAGGUUUUUAAGAAGGAGAAAGAAUUGAAGAAGGGAAUCGCUUUUCCUACAUGUAUAUCAGUUAAUAAUUGCAUUUGUCACUUCUCACCAAUUGCAAGUGAAGCAGAUCUCAUACUCAAAGAUGAGGACAUGGUAAAAGUAGAUCUUGGUGCACAUAUCGAUGGCUUCAUAGCUGUUGUCGCGCACACUAUUAUUAUAGGUUCUACAUCGGCAAGAAAAGUAACUGGUAGAAAAGCAGAUGUAGUGUUAGCUGCACAUUAUGCAUCUCAAGCUGCAUUAAGGCUUCUAAAGCCAGGUACAGAGACUUAUACAAUAACAGGCACGGUAGAAAAAAUUUGUGAAGCAUAUAAAUGUAAGCCAAUUGAGGGAAUGUUGAGUCAUCAGUUGAAACAAUUCAAGAUAGACGGUGAAAAAACUAUAAUUCAAAAUCCUAAUGAUGCGCAGAAAAAGGAACACGAAAAAUAUACUCUUGAAACUCACGAGGUAUAUGCUAUGGACGUACUGGUUAGCACUGGUGAAGGUGUAGGCAGAGAACAAGAUACUCGUGUGACUAUAUUUAAAAAAACAGAGGAAACAUAUCAGCUGAAACUGAAGGCAUCCCGCAUGUUUUACUCUGAAGUUACUCACAAACACGGUUUGAUGCCGUUUAAUUUGCGUACUUUCGAAGACGAGAAGAAAGCAAAGAUGGCUGUGGUGGAAUGCGUGAGUCAUAGGCUGAUUGAACCAUUCCAUGUGCUGUAUGAAAAGCCAAAUGAAUUCGCUGCACAGUUCAAAUUUACAGUACUGUUAAUGCCUAAUGGACCACAUAAAAUUACAGGGCUCCCCUUUGAUCUUGACACUUUCCAAUCUGAUUGUGUUGUUGAAGACCAAGAAUUGAAGACUCUCUUGUGCACUUCGGCAAAUCCGAAAUCCGCAAAGAAGAAGAAAAAGAAGGCCGAGAAGUCUGUAGCUGAAGUGGCAAUGGAAGUCGACGCCAAGGCCUAACACAACCAUUUUAGCGUUCAUUAUGACGUCUUAACAUCGUGCACUUUAUGUUACUUCCUGUUUAACAGCUUCAGAGCAGAAACUACGCACUAUUCGACAUUACUAUAUACCUUGGUACCUGUUCCAUCAUUGGAGCACGUCAUUUGCAAAUUCUGACCCUUCCUGGUUGUAUUACCCAUAUGACACUCGAAGAUCAUUAUUUUCCGUGUUAUACACAAAAUAUUUGAGUCAGUUGAAAAAGUGUCAAGCUUUCUGCCCUGUAAGAAUCGGAUCUAACGACACAUUAUGCCGUCACUUAUUCACUCUUACGUUUUUAUACCCGGAAUAUCUUUUAAUGGACCAUGGUAUUAUUAUACACUGAACGAUGAUUAUUCAUAAGACAUUUUGCAACUGAUGUAUUACAUAUUUCAAGCAUGUGAACUUGUUUCGCAGCAUAAUGGUCGGUUUUAUGACUGUGUUGUGCGAGCUAGAUCGACCGAGCCAGAAAGUGAAUCGCACGUGCAUACUGUUUCUUUCGUGGAAGAAACAACAAUAAAGUACGAUUUUUAUUUCGUAAAUAUUAUUGGAUUCUAACAAAAGUAUAUUACGUUGAAUAAUGUCCAAUCUGAAAUUUUAGUUACAUUAAAAAGAAGUAACCGACGAGAAUUAUUGCUAACCGCUGUUUUCUAAUGCACUGUCAAAUUGUGGCAUUCGCUCCACUCUAUUCACUUUGACACUGUUGCUAGUUGUGCACUAGCUGCUUUUGAGUUCAUUUAAAAAGAAAAAAGAUAACAUCUAAUGUCGAAUUGUACAAUUGGAAUAACAAUGUCCACCAUUCGAAUUCCGUAUAAAUAAUGAAAUGCCAAUGGA